GUUCUUCAACACACACUGCAAACACAGAUUCACAGCAGCUAUCCAAAACCCGGAAGCCAAAUUUCGUACGGGUUUUUCUUGUUUUCACAGUUUCGGGUUUUGUGGAUUUAUACGUAGCGGAAGAAGAGAGAUACAGCAAUGGCCUUUUCUGUCGCCUCUUCACCCGCAGCAGUUCAUGGCUCUUCUCUGUCUUCUUCGUUUGAGCAGCCUAGAGCUGCACAAUUCGGUGCAUUUCAGCAGUUUGAUAGGCCGCACCUCCCGCCGGCGGCGGUGGGCUUUUCACGGAGGCGUUGCACCGUGAAGGCGUUGAACGCGGAGCCGAAGAGGAACGAUUCGAUCAUUCCCUCAGCAGCAACCUUGUUCGCUCCUGAGGUGGUUGAGAAAGUGGAGGUAGAGGACUAUGAAAAAUUGGCGGAAGAGCUUCAGAACGCUUCCCCUCUUGAGAUUAUGGAUAAGGCCCUCGAGAUGUUUGGAAACGACAUCGCAAUUGCUUUUAGUGGGGCAGAAGAUGUGGCUUUGAUUGAAUACGCACAUUUGACUGGACGGCCGUUCAGGGUAUUCAGCCUGGACACUGGUAGGUUGAACCCAGAGACCUACAAAUGCUUUGAUGAAGUUGAGAAGCGAUAUGGGAUUCGCAUCGAAUAUAUGUUUCCAGAUGCCGCGGAAGUGCAGGCUUUGGUUAGGAGCAAGGGGCUGUUCUCUUUCUAUGAAGAUGGCCACCAGGAGUGCUGCCGUGUAAGGAAGGUUAGGCCAUUGAGGAGGGCCCUCAAGGGGUUGCGGGCAUGGAUAACAGGCCAGCGGAAGGAUCAGUCCCCUGGAACAAGAUCAGAAAUCCCUGUUGUCCAGGUUGACCCUGUUUUUGAGGGGUUGGAUGGUGGGAUUGGAAGCUUGGUGAAGUGGAACCCAGUGGCGAAUAUGAAGAGCAAUGAUAUUUGGAAUUUCCUUCGAGCAAUGGAUGUUCCUGUUAACUCAUUGCAUGCUCAAGGUUAUGUCUCAAUUGGAUGUGAACCAUGCACUAGGCCGGUACUACCUGGGCAGCACGAGAGAGAAGGAAGGUGGUGGUGGGAAGAUGCCAAGGCCAAGGAGUGUGGCCUCCACAAAGGCAACAUUAAGGAGGAAAAUUUGAAUGGUAACGGAAAUGGUGCUGUUCAUGCUAAUGGAUCAACCAUUGCUCCUGAUCUUUUCACCACCCAGAAUGUCAUUACCUUGAGCAGGCCUGGGAUUGAGAACUUGUUGAAAUUGAAAGACCGGAAGGAGUCCUGGCUUGUUGUGCUCUAUGCCCCUUGGUGCCAAUUUUGCCAGGCAAUGGAGGGUUCAUAUGUGGAAUUGGCAGAGAAGCUGGCAGGUUCUGGUGUCAAGGUUGCAAAGUUCAAGGCAGAUGAGGAGGAGAAGGCAUUCGCACAGCAGGUGUUGCAGUUGGGUAGCUUUCCUACCAUACUCUUCUUCCCUAAGCAUUCUUCACCUCCCAUAAAAUAUCCCUCAGAGAAGAGGGAUGUGGACUCACUGAUGGCUUUUGUGAAUGCCCUUCAAUGAUAGCAUGUUUAUUGGUUGAAAGGAUAUACAGUGUUGAUAUAGCCUUAGUUGGGACAAAGAGAGGUGGUGGAUCAGUCAUGGUUGAAUUGGAAGGUGGCAAAGUCUGCCCACAAGCUGCUAUCAACCCCAGUUCUACCGCAAACUUAGUUUUAAGAUCUUGUACACUUUUGAUGUAUUUUCGUGGUUCUCUUUUCUCUUUUCCUUAUUUUCCUCUGGGAAGGUGUCAAUUUUGUAAGUUAUGAUGGUGGUCCAUGUUAAAUGAUCAUUUGAUGUGGAUAGAAGAAGUUCAUGUCAUGUGAAGGUAAUAACAAGAUCAGUGUUUGCAGGAUA